AUGGAUUUCCCUGCCUUUCAUGCUUUAAGAGUGUGGUUGAAGUUCAGACUAAAAUGUCGGUUUGUGGUGGCCUUCCUGUUUCUCUUCAGUCUAUCAGUGGUGAUGAUAUACACCCUGCCUUUUUUCCCAUCUGAGCAGAGCAGGCUCAACUUACGGGGCCCCCGCAAUAACAAACCCAGCAGGCUGGUCGAGAAGUUGUCUCUGAGACUUUAUCUGCCAACGUCUUCAUACGAACACAGCAAAACCUGCAAGAACCCUGAAAUUAAAGAUUCUGCUAAACAUCUCCUGAUGGUCAACCACCACCAACAAUCAUUUUCCUCUGGAAAAACAGCAGAGAAAAAAGUAUCAACCAAAAAGCCUGCAAGAAGUAACGCAAACAAAAAAGAACGAUAUCUGCAGAACAUAAACAAGCAUCCAGUCAAGCCAUUUGCAGCCCCUGCCAAAAGAGGGCGAGCCGUUAAACUAGGAAAUAGCAGCAACUCUAACCCAACCAUACAUCUUCUUCGCUCCAGACAUGACCCAGCAUUCCCUCAGUCUGCCAGCAUCCAAAGCCUCCACCCAAACAACAAGACAUGCAGGCACAAAUGCACUCCAGAUGGGGCCAAUGCAAAGAGGCUUGUGGGGCAGUUCUCUGAUACACAGCAGGUGGUAAAACUGAAACAGGCCCCUGGAGGAGCAGGAACACAUGAAAGACAAGCAGGGCCCUCUGAGAGGAAGAGGCCCAAAUUCAGAGCAGAAACCAAUGACGGGAUUCCAGAAGAGGCUGGCAUCAAGGUGUCAGCCAAUGACUGGUGUGAGGUCUCUGAAGAGACUUUCACUGAAAACUGGAACCAAACCAAAGCAGAGUCUCUACCCUGGCUCAGUGAGGAUGAUAUAAAAAAGAUGGCACUUCUCUCCAGAGGCACUGUAUUGAGUAAAGCCAGGCUUCCGGGCCAUGGACAAGUCCUUCAGGUUAGAUUUAGUGAGAAAAAAGACAUAUUUGUUCCUGCAGGGGACAAUCAUAUCACACGCUGUGAGACAGGAAGCUGUGCACUCAUAAAACGUCCCAAUGACUGGUUCGAGGUGUUCGCCUUUCACCUUGACAGGGUUCUGGGUCUGAACCGGAGCUUGCCCGUAGUGUUGAGAACAUUCCACAGUGAGAUUCUACCGUACAAAUACACCAAUGGAUCUCCCAGACCAGUGAUAUGGUGGGAUCCCAGCAUACAACAUCUGUCAGAUGCAGAGAAUGACCAGAACUCUUUCUCACUUACUUGGACACAGUAUCAGACUCUACUUCAGAGCAGGUGUGGUACUCGGGUGCCACUGAACUUUACAAGCUGUGUGGGAGUUCAUCAUUCAGAGUGGGGGCGGCUGGCCUUGUUUGACUUCCUGCUUCAGGUGAAUGACAGACUAGACCGGUCUUGCUGUGGUUUCAGACCAGACCCAUCAGAACUCUGUGUAGAAAACCUGCUGCAUGUCAAAUGUGGAAACCCAAAGGACUUAAAUCUGGUGCACAUCCUGGUUCGGAAGACAGAACCUUCCAGACUGGUUUUUAUUGACAAUGCAGGAAGACCUCAUCAACCACAAGACAACCUCAACUUCAGACUGCUUGAAGGUAUUGAUGAGUUUCCAGAGUGGGCCGUUUCAGUGCUGCAAUCAGGAUGUCUGGAGAGGAUGCUCCUUCGCUCCCUGUCUGUGGAUCGGGAAUUCUGGGUGAGCAGAGGAGAGGCGUCCGAACUCAAAUCUAUCAUCUGGCAUGUUGAGCAAAGAGCCAAGGCCCUCCUCCAGUAUAUACAAGAGAAGAAACUACGACUUAACAGAGAUCUUUAACUCU